AAAUUACAGUGUUAAAUAUCGGCUCCAUUAAUUGACCUUGAGCUAUAUAUAGAAGAUUUCAAAAACUAAAAUGUUGAGCAACAAUGAAUGGUUUGAAAUUCCCUCAAAACCAGAUGGCAGCAGCUCCAUCGUCCUUUCUCCACCCUCUCACCAAACCCCCUUCCUCCUCCUCCUCCACCACCAUCGCCGCCGCCGCUACGAGACGGUCAUCCAUAAUACUGACAUCCGUCCUUCUCUGGACGCACGCAAAACCGGCCGCCGCAUUCGAUUUACGGCUGACGGAGCCGGAGCAGAGCGUGGAAGAAGCGGAAUCGGAGAUCCAGUCUCACGCGCAAAGCCUGGUGAGAGUGAAGGAUCUGCUAGAGGCGGAGUCGUGGAGAGAGGCGCAGAAGGUGCUGCGGAGGAGCUCGGCGCUGCUGAAACAGGACGUGUACACGAUGAUUCAGGCGAAGCCAUCGGCGGAGAGGCCGCGGCUGCGGAAGCUCUACUCCGAUCUGUUCAAUGCGGUGACGAGGCUGGAUUACGCGGCUCGGGAUAAGGAUAGGAUUAGGGAAAUGCAGAAGGCUGAGAUAAAUGUGAUGUUAUUUAUUUGUGGAUGGGAUGAUGAAUGAGUCCGAGAAGGUAUAUGUCUGAUCUGUCACAGGCGAAAGGGGGAGGGUUGAAUGCUGCCACUUUUCUAUUGUGAAAGGCAGGACGGACGAUAUGUGAAAGUGUGUAGGAUCUUUAAGCAGAGUGUGAGGGUUAACCGACGUGGGGCGAAUGGUUGAGGCUGCUCGUGGCACGACUCAUAGAGGAUUAUAGCUUCCUCAUAGCUAUUGAAGAUGCUUACAACAUCGGUCUAUUGUUUUUUCACACGUUUUCUACUAAUAAUUUGAACCUUUCUAUUGUUAGUUUCAUGUUUUUUAUCUUUGAACUUGGGCUUCAUGUUGAGCUUUUGGGGUAGGGAAUUUGGAUUAAACUUUUGUGUAUAUGUAAUACAACUUGUAUUUCAC